UUACAUGUCCCCGAAAAUUGAAAAAUCAUUGAGAGGACCAUACAUAUUUUUGGAGGACCAAGCGCAUAAUUUAGAUUUUGAAAUUUACAGAAAUGACAAUUCACAGCUUUACACCUCCAGUUAUUCAAGAAAUGAACAACACAUCCCCUUCUCCUCUUUUGUCUUACAAAGGGGAGAAGCAAAAGCAACAACAAUUUUCAUUUCCCCCACAUAAUUUUGUUAUUGAUAUUGUUACUCAACAACAAACUUUACAAAAUUCUGGCAAAAAACGUCAGCAUAGAAAAAUAAACGAAUUAAUCCCCAUUCGAUUUGUUAUUUUGGCAAUUUCUUUGUUUUGUUUGUCAAUAUUAAUUGCCAAUCCUUUGGCACUCAAUUUUACAGUUAUUUGUAUGUAUAAAGAAGUGCCAAUGGUGAAUAAUGAGGGACUAACUGUAAAUUUUUUAAUAUUAAAAUUUAAAGCUGGUAAUAUUGAACCUAAUAGACCCCAUUUUCUUCCUCCCCAAAGCUUUUCCUAUUUAUGUACAGAAUGGUCCUUCUAUAAAAGAGGCCUUCUAUAUUUUGCCUACAACAAAACAAAAGAAAUUAAUUUUUAUUCCCCUUUAGAUGGAAGUUUGGGGGAAAUUUAA